CGGAACAGGGAGAAGGAGAGGACAGCGGGCAUUCAUAGGCAGAAGGGCUGACGACAGUUGCCCUUCAUCAUUUAUAACACAUUUUAGACUGUUGUGGACCCCCCGGUGUUUCUGUUUUAACCCGCUGGACUGGGAUAUACACUGAAAACAUUGCUGUGAAAAUGGCGCAGCCAGACAGCAAGAAGAUAUUCUUUGAGAACCUGUCGGGAGCCGGGAAAGCCAUCGCGGUUCUGACGAGCGGAGGGGAUGCUCAAGGUAUGAAUGCUGCUGUACGUGCCGUGGUUCGGAUGGGGUUAUAUGUGGGUGCAAAAGUUUAUUUUAUUCAUGAGGGAUAUCAGGGUAUGGUGGACGGUGGGGACAACAUAAGGGAAGCCACAUGGGAAAGUGUCUCCAGCAUGCUACAAGUGGGUGGGACUGUUAUCGGUAGUGCCCGCUGCAAGGAGUUUCGCACUCAUGAGGGACGCCUGAAGGCAGCUCAUAACCUGGUGCAGCGCGGCAUCACCAACCUGUGUGUGAUCGGUGGAGAUGGCAGCCUGACUGGAGCCAACCUCUUCAGGGAGGAAUGGAGCGGGCUGCUGACAGAGCUGGUGGAGCAAGGUUUAAUUGAGGAAGAUGCCAUCCAGAAGUACUCGGCCCUUCAUAUCGUGGGGAUGGUUGGCUCCAUCGAUAACGACUUCUGUGGAACUGACAUGACAAUCGGCACUGACUCUGCUUUGCACAGAAUCAUCGAGGUGGUGGAUGCAAUCAUGACAACUGCACAGAGUCACCAGAGGACAUUUGUAUUGGAGGUCAUGGGCAGACACUGUGGCUACCUGGCGUUGGUGAGCGCCCUGGCUUGUGGGGCAGACUGGGUGUUAAUCCCCGAAAUGCCUCCAGAGGAUGGCUGGGAGGAGAAGAUGUGUCAGAAACUAUCUGCGAACCGAGCAGGGAUGAAAAGGCUGAAUAUCAUAAUUGUAGCCGAAGGGGCGAUUGAUCAUAGCAACAAACCGAUUACCACUGACUAUAUUAAGAAUCUUGUUGUCAAAUGCUUGGGUUUCGACACACGAGUAACAAUCCUGGGGCAUGUGCAGAGAGGAGGGACCCCAUCUGCCUUUGACCGCAUCUUGGCCAGUCGUAUGGGUGUGGAGGCUGUUCUGGCUCUUCUGGAGACCACAGCCAACACUCCGGCCUGUGUGGUCUCUCUGUGUGGGAACCAAUCGGUGCGCCUGCCUCUGAUGGAGUGUGUACAGAUGACUCAGGAAGUUCAGAAGGCCAUGGACCAGAAACGGUUUGAGGAGGCUGUAAAGCUUCGGGGCAGGAGCUUUGAGAACAACCUGAAGACAUACAAACUGUUGGCUCAUCGUAAACCAGAAACUGAACUGCCAACUAGCAACUUCAAUGUGGCUGUUUUGAAUGUUGGAGCCCCUGCAGCGGGCAUGAAUGCUGCCGUCCGUUCAGCCGUCAGAGUGGGCAUCUCUGAGGGGCACAAGAUGUUUGCGGUCAGCGAUGGGUUUGAGGGAUUCUACAAAGGACAGAUUAAGGAGAUUAAAUGGGCGGAUGUUGGAGGAUGGACGGGACAGGGUGGCUCUCUACUGGGAACCAAAAGAACACUUCCUGCAAAGCAUGUUGACAAAAUUGCCGAGCAGAUGCGAAUGCACAAUAUAAAUGCACUGCUGGUUAUCGGUGGAUUUGAGGCCUUCCUGUCACUGCUGGAAUUGUUAACGGCUCGCGGGAAAUAUGACGAGUUCUGUGUGCCCAUGGUCAUGGUCCCAGCCACUGUCUCCAACAAUGUGCCGGGCUCAGACCUCAGCAUUGGCGCUGACACGGCUCUGAACGCCAUCACUACUGCGUUUGAGAGUCUGCUGCAGCUGUAUGAGGCUCGUGCUACCUAUGAAGAGUUUUGCAUCCCGAUGUGUAUGCUGCCUGCAACCAUAAGUAACAAUGUACCGGGCACAGAUCUAAGUAUCGGGGCAGACACGGCCCUCAAUGCCAUCGUGGAGACUUGCGACCGCAUCAAGCAGUCCGCCAGCGGGACCAAGAGACGCGUGUUCAUCAUUGAGACGAUGGGAGGCUACUGUGGCUACCUGGCCAGUGUAGGAGGUCUGGCUGCUGGAGCCGAUGCUGCUUACAUCUUUGAGGAGCCAUUUGAUAUCAGAGACUUGCAGGCCAAUGUUGAACAUCUGACAGAGAAAAUGAAGACCAGCAUUCAAAGAGGACUGGUCCUCAGGAAUGAGAACUGCAAUGACAACUACACAACGGACUUCAUCUACCAGCUGUACUCUGAAGAGGGGAGAGGAGUGUUUGACUCCAGGAAGAACGUGCUGGGACACAUGCAGCAGGGAGGAGCACCGUCUCCAUUUGACCGUAACUUUGGGACCAAGAUCUCAGCCAAGGCGAUGCAGUGGAUUACCAAAAAGCUGACGGAGACGUUCAGACAAGGCCGAGUGUUUGCUAACACUGAGGACUCCUGCUGUCUGCUGGGGAUGCGCCGCAGGGCUCUGGUCUUUCAGCCUGUUGUGCAGCUCAAGGGGGAGACCGACUUUGUCCACAGGAUCCCCAAGGAGCAGUGGUGGUUGAAGCUGCGUCCUCUGAUGAAGAUCUUGGCCAAGUACAAGACGAGCUACGACGUCUCUGAUUCCGGACAGCUGGAGCACGUCGUACGCAACCGACCCAAAGAGUCGGACGCUUCGGUAGCCAUGUGAAGGAUCGCGCUGUACGGUGGCCUGCGAAGCCCACUCUGUGUGUAGGACUGAAAGUGUGUGAGGUGUCACUCUAUGUGUUGUAAAAGAGCCCCAGUAACAACAUACUGUGUUCAUCUCCUGCCUCUGUCAUUCCCUUCAGUGUUGCUCCUUUGUUUCGUCUUGACAUCACGACUCACAAACUGUAACCUAGCCUCUGCCGUAUCAGACGCACACAUGCUCUGACACACACAUACAGACACACACACACACACACGGCUGUCCUGCCAUGCAUCUGUGUGUCCUUGUCGCCCUGGAUGUUUAGUGUCACCGUUUUUAAAAUGCACUUUCUCUGUCUCCAGUUGCUUAGACAGGCUCUGAUUCCAGAGCGGCACGAGGACAGAAUAGACGCUGUCUCUGAAGUAAAAACCAGUGUGUGUAUCUGCCUAGAACGAGUGUGAGGUUCAGCAUAUUUAUGUGAGACUGAUUCAGUCCAGUUCUGCUGCUGCAAGUCAAGAGAACUGCGUGCUGUGCUUUACACUGAAAACUAAUAUUUAUCUUUUUGACAUUGUUUAUUUUGCUCGUAAUCAUGGAUAUAUUAUUAACUGUAGGCACUGCUGUACCGAGUAGCUGUCUGUCAUGUUGCACCAACGAGUUAGAUGUGUAAGAGACUAAUGUUUCCCACAGAAUAAAAUCAGACUUGAGAAGUGUA